AUGAAGUCUCUUGUGCUUCUUUUCGUCACCUUUUUAUCAUUAUUCGUCCCCUUUGCCUUCUCCUUAGAGUUUCCCUUUCCACCUUCUGUGACGGACAUCGAGGGCAACGACCUCCAGCUCGGCGUCCCAUACUACGCCUUCUCCGCCGCUUUCAUCCUCCCCGCGGGGCUCUGCCUACUCGACCUCAAGAACCAAACCAUAGGCUGCCCGCACGACGUCGUUCAGUGCAGCCUACUCUACAAGCCCAUCCUCGGCUUGCCCAUCAUCUUUUCCACCGGAGGCGCCUUCAACGCCACGCCAGGCGCCGUCGUCAAGGAAGCCACUCCCUACACCGUCCGGUUUCCGGUCACCGCCGGGGGGCUAUUAUGUCUCAAGGAUACCGUUUGGGGUUUAGCUGACGUCACUCCCUUCUGGAAAUUCGUCACAACGGAUCCUAACGCCGCCGCCGCCGAGUUCCAGGUGCAGAGAGAGGGGUUCGGAUAUAAGAUCGCUUAUUGUGUAUAUAUUCCAAUUCCUCGUAUUCCCGUUUGCUAUCCCAUUGGGUUCAUACAGGAUGGUUUCAACAGGCGUUUGGGUGUGGGGCUGGGGGUUAACACCGCCCAGUUCUUCUUCACCAAGAAUGGCACCUUGCUCCACAACUAUGCCACUUCCUAA